UAUCAACUCCAUUUUCCUAUAAAAACUUUCCUACUAUUAGCAUAUAAUAUAUCCUCCAGAUGUUCCUCCAAUCUGCAUUUGCCAUCUUUACUUCAACCUAUGCUUUUACAAGUCAAAAACACGUAGCUUCUCUGAGACGAGCUUAUCCCCGGCGGCUGCUGCUGCUGCAAUUAUUAUUAUUAUUAUUAUAUUCUUCCAACGAAGAUGGGAUCCUUCUAUUUUCUAUAUAAAAGAAGAGAGAAAACCUAUCCUUAUACACUAGCUGCUUAUGCUGCAACAACUAUCCUUCAGAUAUUGAGUUGAGUUCAAGCUUUGCAAAAUACCAUGGGAGAAGUGAAAGUGAUUGGAUCUUCUAAGAGCCUAUUCUGCGCAAGGGUUGAAUGGGCUUUGAAGCUUAAAGGAGUGGAAUAUGAGUACUUACAAGAAGAUUUAUUGAACAAGAGUCCCCUGCUUCUUAAGCACAACCCUGUUCACAGGAAGGUCCCUGUGCUUGUCCAUGAUGACAAACCAAUUGCUGAGUCACUUGUCAUCCUUGAAUACAUAGAUGAGACAUGGAAAGAUUAUCCUUUGCUUCCUGAAGAUCCAUAUGAGAGAGCCAUGGCUCGUUUCUGGGCUAAAUUUGCUGAUGACAAGUGUGUGAUGGGUGCAUUUGCGGCUUUCUGGAAAGAGGGAGAAGAAAAGGAGAAGGCCAUAGAGUCUGCACUAGAAUCAUUUACAUUUCUUGAGAAGCAGAUUCAAGGGAAGAAAUUUUUCAGUGGGGAUGAUAACAUUGGCUAUUUGGAUCUAGUAAUGGGUUGGAUUCCUCUCUGGCUGAAUGCUAUGGAAGAAGCUGGAGGGAUGAAACUGAUGGAUGCUCAAAAGUUCCCAUCUCUUCAUGAAUGGACUCAAAACUUCCUUGAAAUCCCUCUCAUCAAAGAAUGCUUUCCACCUAGAGAUGCGCUCGUCAACUACUUCAACUUCAGUUUGAGCUAUAAUCGUUCCAUGGCAGCAGCCAAGCAGUAAAACUAUGCAUUUUCUAGUUACCAAUUAGAACUUUAUUUAUUUGAAGUUGAAAUCAUAUUUUCCAGCCUUCACGGAGAAUUUUCCUGGAAAACAAGCUUUGUUUUCCAUUACCAUAGCGCCACGAAGCUUUAUAUAUUGAGUUGUUUCCAUUUUCUCUCUUUCAUUUGGUUGUAUAAUAUGUGUUUGCCGUUCAGCUGUCAAAUCUUUGAAUAAAAUGUUGACAUCUUGAUUUAGAGAA